UAUCCUCUUUCAAUAGGCCGUGAUCAAAGGCUGUCACACUGUGCUACAAAACAGAGAGCUAACAGUCAGGUUGGCAUGAUGGCUAACGCUACGCUUCAGUCAUUUAACGUCUUUUUGACGGAGAGAUUGACGGCAGCAGCUGUAGACAUCUAUGGAUUCGUUGAGAAGACGAUAAUAGACUACCAGGAGGAGGUUUACCAGACUAAACUGGAGAACCAGAGGCUGCAGCGGCUGCUGGAUCUGGUCUACAAACCAGAGAUCAGACUGCACCGGACAGAUUCAAGGCAGAUCGAUUUGCCCACACCGACACAGGAGGUUUGUGCUCAGGAGCAGAAGAUAGAGAAGGAAUGUAUUCCCAGUGAGGCCAACGAGGAGCCGGUCAUCCUGCCCAUUAAAGAGGAACUGACUGACCUCUGGACCAGGUCUGUGGAGGCACCUGUAUGUCUGUCAUACAGCAGCGUUACAGACACACUAACUCAGAUUGUCACAGUUGGAGAGCACAAAGAAAAUGGGAUCCCAGACAACCUAACUCAAGUUGUGACAGUUGGAGAGCACGACGAAUACGAAGCGCCAGACGACCUAACUCAAGUUGUAACAGUCGGAGAGCACAUGGAAUAUGGGAUACCAUCACAAGAUGACCAAGCGUUACCAUCCUUUGGAGUCUCCCCAUUAUACACAAAGAAGAAUAACAUGUUUUUUUGUAAUAUUUGCUGUGAGCCUUUUCUGAGAAAAGUCGAAUUAAUGUUGCACCUCGCAGUUCACGAAACACAAAGUGUACCAGAGCCCACCAACCAAGCGUUCACCUGCGUCAUCUGUGGUAGAAUAACAGACUCCAGGAGUCACAUGAUCUGCCACAUGAGAACACACACCGGAGAGAAACCAUUUGCCUGUCCCAUUUGUGGUAACAGAUACAAACUGAAAGGCCACAUGAAAGAACACAUAAGGACUCACACUGGAGAAAGGCCUUACACCUGCUACAUCUGUGGGCAAAGCUUCAACAGAUCCUCGACCAUGACUAAACACGCCAGGCUCAAACACAGGGAGAACAUGCCGUUCAAGUGCAUGCAGUGCAGCCAGCGCUUUCCUCUGCUUGUUGUGUUCAAACAGCACAUGAAGACGGUCCACGAUGUCACCUUCUCUGUAUGAGAUACAGCUGCUGUAGCGAUGCUGAUGCUGACUACUGUUUUAAGUUCAGAAAUUGCACUGAGUCUGAUGGCGAUGGCUUCGUUAUGGUUUUGCUUUUUAUGCUUGUAUGUUUAUUGAAGUUGCAGCUGACAUGCUUCCCCAAAUUAUGAUCCACUGCAUCAAUACAACUUCUACUGUUCGGAUGCUCUUGAUGAGUUGCUGUAAUUGUAAUCUGCUUCAGAUCUAACAUGUAACACGCUCAGUAGAAAUAUACUGGAUGUACCACAUAAAUUUAAAUUAUGCGCGAUAUGGAUUUUUAUCAGCCGAUACCAAUAAUGAAUGAUUACCUGCUUCAGAAGUUCAUAACCUGUAGUUCAUGCACAACUGAGGGUAAAAAAGGCUAGGAUGUUGUUAGCAAAGAUGGAUGAUUUAAUAUUCCAUAGAGAGGCGAAGUCACGCCCCUUCCGGUGGACCACCAUGGGUCCUUAUUUUGGAAAAAAUAUGAAUGGUAGUCAAUGGCAAGAGACAUAUUUUUUUGAUCCAAUUUUAAGACUGUGUACAAGACUGUGAAAAUACGUAAUUAGAAAGACUACACACCCAAAAGUCGCGUAAGUGACGUCUCUCUCGCUUAAGCUGUACUGGAAUGUAUUCACACCAGUAACGGGUUUCACUCAUUCUUUCUCUUCCCAGCUGAUUGAAAAGACCAGGAGUCGCUGGAUAAAACACAUCAGUUAAGAUAACAUUACAUUUGUGUGUGGAACAUAGCUAAGUUGGCUAGCUAGCUAGUGUUGGUGAC